GGCAAAAGCAACAGCAAUAACGCUGCGACAGCCACCAGCAGCAGCAGAAGCAGCGGCGCUUCGCACUUUGCUCUGCUGAAUUUUCAAUUUCAGUUGUAAGCUGACUGCAAUCAGCAGUGGUUCGCAUUUUGGUUCGGAAAUUCGCAAUUCCGCAAUUCGGCUUCUCGACUUGUCAUUCGCGCUCGUGGAAAACGCUCUCGGGACAUAACGGAAUCUACGGGCCGGCGCGGCUGACCGAGCGCACAAAAAACUUUUCGAUUAUUAUAAACUUUGGCGUGAGUUUGGUUAGUGGUGUGUAUGCGCGCGUGUGUGUGCCGUUUUGAGCAUGCAAUUGCAAUUCACCGUUAGCUGAGCGGACAAGUGAAAAAAAGUGUGCCCGCGAAACAGAGACAAAAGAGCUAACAAAAAAUACAUAUAUAUAAAACUCACUCAAUCGCUUUGAGCGCGCUAAGAUGGCGCCAAAAAAGUCCACCAUCGUGCUCAAUGUGGAGCAGUUUAUUCACGACAUCGAGGAGCGCCCGGCCAUCUGGAACCGCAACUUCCACUGCAACAAGGCCUUCCUCGAGCAGAUGUGGGACGAGCUGAGCGGUGCACACAAGCUGCCAAGUGAGGUUUACGUUUUGGACGAUGGAGCCGAGGUGGAUCUGGAUCUGGGAAACUAUGAAAGGUUUUUGGAUGUCACCCUGCAUCGGGACAACAACAUAACCACCGGAAAAAUUUACAAGUUGGUCAUUGAGAAGGAGCGGACUGGCGUGUACUUGGGCAAAACUGUUCAAGUUGUCCCACACAUUACUGAUGCCAUUCAGGAAUGGGUAGAGCGCGUGGCCCAGACACCCGUUCAGGGAUCUUCAAAGCCACAGGUGUGCAUUGUGGAAUUGGGAGGUACGAUUGGUGACAUCGAGGGUAUGCCAUUCGUAGAGGCCUUCCGUCAGUUUCAGUUCCGCGUAAAGAGGGAGAACUUCUGUUUGGCCCAUGUGUCGUUGGUUCCCUUGCCCAAGGCCACCGGAGAACCCAAGACGAAGCCCACUCAAAGUUCGGUCAGGGAACUAAGAGGUUGCGGUCUGAGUCCCGAUUUGAUUGUCUGCCGAUCGGAGAAACCCAUUGGACUGGAGGUCAAGGAGAAGAUCAGCAACUUCUGUCAUGUGGGCCCGGAUCAAGUGAUUUGCAUCCACGAUUUGAACUCUAUUUAUCAUGUUCCGUUGCUGAUGGAGCAAAAUGGUGUUGUUGAAUAUCUGAAUCAGCGUCUACAGCUUAAUAUCGACAUGAGCAAGAGGACCAAAUGUUUGCAGAAAUGGCGUGAUUUGGCACGUCGCACGGAGACCGUUCGCCGUGAAGUUUUCAUCGCCAUUGUGGGCAAGUACACUAAGUUCACGGACUCGUACGCCUCCGUGGUCAAAGCCCUGCAACAUGCCGCCCUGGCUGUGAAUCGCAAACUGGAACUGGUCUUUAUCGAGUCUUGCCUGCUGGAGGAGGAAACUCUCCAGUCCGAGCCGAGCAAGUACCACAAGGAGUGGCAGAAGCUAUGCGAAAGUGAUGGCAUCCUAGUGCCCGGUGGAUUCGGUUCCCGUGGAAUGGAGGGCAAAAUUCGUGCGUGCCAAUGGGCGCGAGAGAAUCGAAAACCAUUGCUCGGCAUCUGCUUGGGUCUGCAGGCAGCGGUGAUUGAGUUCGCACGCAGUAAACUUGGUCUUAAGGAUGCAAACACCACAGAAAUCGACCCGAAUACAACCAAUGCCUUGGUCAUCGACAUGCCAGAGCAUCACACGGGUCAAUUGGGUGGCACUAUGCGUUUGGGCAAGCGAACAACAGUUUUCGCUGAUGGCCCUAGUCUCAUUCGGCAGUUGUACGGAAACCCGAAGACCGUGGAGGAGCGUCAUCGGCAUCGUUACGAGGUUAAUCCCAAAUACGUGCCCCGGCUGGAAGAGCAAGGCAUGCGAUUUGUGGGCACGGACGUGGAAAAAACCAGGAUGGAAAUCAUCGAGCUCAACGGUCACCCCUAUUUCGUUGCCACCCAAUACCAUCCAGAGUACUUGUCGCGACCCCUGAAGCCCUCGCCUCCUUUCCUCGGCCUGAUACUGGCCUCCGUGGAUCGGUUGACACAAUAUAUUCAGCGUGGCUGCCGCCUGUCGCCCCGCCAGCUAUCCGACGCAUCCUCGGAUGAGGAGGAAAGUGUUGAGGGCUUAGCCGUAGCAACAAAGUCGUUCACAUCCCUGAAGAUUCCCAGCACACCCACAAAUGGAAUUUCGAAUGGUUGCAAUGGUAGCACCAGCACUUCCGACGGCGAAGGUGCCUGCGGAGGCAGAUCAACGCCCAACUAAACUAACUAAACUAGUAAACGGUAUCUUAUAUCUCAAUGUGUUUAAGAUGCGCUUAUCACUCGUGUUUUUGUCCUCGCAAAUCCCAAAAUUUUGGGAUUACAAAUGGUCGAAUAAAACAUUUUGAUGUUUUGAGGAAGUGACAUUAUGAAAUCCUUCAUAAUUUGCUUAUUUAGCUUAAGUAAAGUAUGAUUUUGACUUUGAAGUUUCCUACAUUUGUAAUAGUUACGUUAUGACGUUAGUCAUAUGAAUAUAUAUGUUCUAUUUAUGAAUGUUUUCCUAUAUAAUUUCUAUGAUUUUUUCGCAAAAAGUCUAAUUUUAAUUUAACUUUGAAAAAUAUCUCUAUAGGUAACUUAAUAUCCCUGCGUUCAGUCAAUUGUUUAGAAUGCUUCCUUAAAAUCAACCUGGUAUAAAUGAAUAGCCUUGUUUAAUUAAAAAUUGAAAUAAGUUUUAAUAUGCUUAAAUUACAACUAAAAUUGUGUAUUUUGAUUAUAUUAUGUAUAGUUAAGUGCAUAUUACCUUGAUUUAAACGAUAUGGAAAGCAAACAAAGUGAAAUGUAAGCAAUUAACUUAAUCAUAUAUAUUUUUUAGAUAAACAAUAUAAAAAUUUUAAA